AGGCGUCCUCUCGUUAUGGACUGGCAUGAGCCAUGCCCAGGAGCAACAACAACCGAGAAUCGCCUUGAAACUAAACCCAGCGGCCCAUGAGAAGCAACAGGCCGAUUCCAGCUUCAUAACAACAUUGAUCCGAAGGGCACAAUCUCAGGGGUUUGCAUCUCAGCCGAUCAGCACAACCAACAUCUCAAUCGACCCCCUGAUUAGUCCCCAAACCAGUGCCAACCUUGCUGCGAGGAGUCAGGUAGCAAAGAGACAGGACCCCGGUUUCACAGCCCCGGAUUUCAGCUUGUGGUAUCAAGUUCAGGUCGUGUCGGCGACUGGAAACCAAGCACGACAUGUCGAUGCCACUGCUGCCGAGUCAAAACUAGCCUUGCCGAGCGACAUUUUGGAGCUUAUCCACAAGCUUCAUGAACUCCCUGAGGUGGAAAGCGUCCAUGCUCUCCAUUCAGGACCCCCUCCUGCCAUCAACCCCAGCGAUGACCCCCGGAGCACAAACCAGGGCUAUCUUGACCCAGCACCAAAAGGAAUUGAUGCUCGCUAUGCUUGGGGAUUUCCUGGCGGAGAUGGAGCCGGCGUGACCAUUGUGGAUAUGGAACAGGGCUGGAAUCUGAAUCAUGAAGACCUGGCUGCCGCCAACAUCACCCUGAUAUCCGGGAGAAACGCUGAGUGGUUCGGGCACGGAACAUCGGUGCUGGGCGAGAUGUUCAUGGUUGAUAACCAGCUUGGUGGAGUUGGAAUCGUUCCGGGUGCCAAAGGCAGAGUCGUUUCGCAGUGGCGGGACGACUGGUCGUACAAUACACCGGCUGCCAUUCUCGACGCCGCUGCGCACAUGAGCUUCGGCGACAUCCUGUUGCUUGAAGCCCAGGAGUACGAUCCUGUUGGGGGCAUAUACUAUUGGCCCAUGGAAGUUGCCGACGCCAACUUUGAGGCCAUCCGAUAUGCGACGGCGCUGGGCAUCAUCGUCGUCGAAGCUGGCUGCAACGGCGCCUGGGAUCUUGACGCGUAUGUCAACCUUGCCGGAAAACGCAUCUUUGACCGUUCUACUGCCGACUACCGAGAGUCUGGCGCUAUCAUGGUUGGCGGGUCUCUCUCCACUAUCCCUCAUUAUCGCUGGUACAGUUCGAACCACGGCUCUCGCAUGGACGUGUAUGCAUGGGCGGAGGGCGUCGACACAGCCGACACGGAUGAUGCUACGGCAACGGAGAAUUGGUACACCGCCUGGUUUGGCGGCACCUCCGGGGCGUCACCCAUGAUUGUCGGCGCGGCGGCUAUUGUCCAGGGUAUAUCCAGCGCCAAGUUCGGCAAGAAGAUGUCUCCUUUGGAGAUUCGCCAGGUUCUAACCACAGGCGGCACCCCAAGUAGCGACCCGGCUCUUGACCGCAUUGGGGUGAUGCCCAAUCUCAAAGCCAUCAUUGACAACUUACUCGGGAGUGGUGGGGAAACUCCUGAUAUCUACAUCCGCGACCACGUCGGUGACUUGGGCAACACAACCUCGGGCAGCAUAUCCGCCAGUCCUGACAUCAUUGUCCGGCAGCAGCCUAUUCCUAACCCUGAAGCUGCCCUCGGCACAGGCAGCAGCACCGAGGACAAUGUCGCCCUCUCCGAGCCUGUCCUUGCUGGCCACAACCACUCCAUCUACAUCCGGCUUUCCAACCACGGCGCUGCCACCUCCUCCGCCACCAAUGUCACUGUGUACUGGUCUGAGCCCGCUACCUUGGUAACCCCCAACAUGUGGCACGAGAUUGGCAGCGUCUCUUUGGCAUCCGUCGCAAACACCAACCAGCUAACCGUCUCCCCUGCGCUGGCCUGGCCGGCCUCUUCACUCCCCAGCACCUCAGGACAUUACUGCUUUGUCGCCCUAGCCGGGACCGCCAACGACCCCACGCCUGCCAUUCCAACCAGCUUCCCCGACUUUGCCAAGUUUAUCCGUGAAAACAAUAACGCCGCUUGGCGCAACUUUAAUCUUAUCACUGGCCCCCCGGGUAAUGCCACCGAUGGCGCAGGCCGCUACCAUCAUUUGCCCGUCACCAUUCCCGGUGCGUUCGACGCUCCGCGCGAGUUUGCUCUCAGGGCUGUCGGCAGCCUGCCCCAGGGGUCCAAAGUGAGCUUGCGGAUGCCGCAGGAGCUGGGUCAGGCGCUGGGGGUCAAGGGAUGUGCUCGCAAGGGUGACAACGGGGAGGACUUGGUGGCUCUGCCGAUCAAGCCGGUUGGAGACGUGGAUAUUGGGAGAGGCGUGUUGCCGGCUGGUAGCAUGGCUGCUUGUGAGCUGAGGGUUAAGGUCCCCAUGGAGGCAUAUGCGGGUGAACGGUUGUAUGAGUUUGCGCUUAUCCAGAUGUGGGAGGGGGUCGAGGUUGGAAGGGUUACGUGGAGGUUUGGGCGGGCUGUGCAGUUGUGAGGGUUGAUUGUUUGAUGUCUCAUGAGGAAACACGAAGGUGCUAUAUGGGAAUAGAAUUCUGUGUUAUCGGGUACCUAGCUAGACAGGGGGCAUGGGGGGCGGAAGAUGGCAUUAAUAUUCGCAUGAACACUGUACGCGGCGUUGUACGGUGAGGAUACCUAGACAUGAUUACAUUAGCUUUUUUAAAAGGGAUUUGCUACGUCGGACUUGACUGACUACCUAGAUAUAUAUACCUACCAAACAC